UUCCUUUCUUCUUUGAUUUUACUCAGGAAGUAACAAAAGAAUGGUACCUGACAUCAAUUGACAUUGCACGUAAUGACAAGACCGACUUUCAGUCGCUAGUCAUGCUCACUUCCAACAUGGCACAUGUCCUGGACGUGUGCGGGAAACUAGCGGCCAGUUUGGAGGAUCAGCUGCAAACCACCGUGAAAGGACUACAAGAUCUUGGUAUAUCGUUUCGGAGCAUCGUCAAAAGAAAUCUAUUAAAAUGGAGCUCAGCAGACACACCCGCUAUCGUCACCCUCUGUACAAAGUUUUGCCUUCAGAAGACAUCCUCGGAGGCACAAAAGCUAGCACUGAUGACGUCGCUGCGCAAAAUGUUCUCCACGUGCGGCCGUGUGUGGCCGCAAAGGGUCUUGCGGCAUCUACAGAUCUCAGACGGAGCCUACUGCCAGUGGUUUGAGGCAUUGUUCAUCCGCUGGCACACGGACUUUGAGAACCAGUGCAAAGAUCGGGCAGCGGCCGUUUUGACUGCACACAAAGCCAAUAACAUUCAGGAAUUGACGAUCAAAGGCUCCAGUCCGCUUCUCUGUACCCAGUCGGCACAAGAACUGGCUUUCGUCAUCGAGCUGCUUUUGAAUGAUUAUAAACAGCUUCUCAGCCACCCAGUCAUUGAGCAUGCUUUCAGCAGUGCCGAGUGUAUCAUCAAUACGGUGUACCUGAUCACGAGAACAGCACUGAACGAACACUGGCUGCAGCAGCUGACCGCAGAGCUUGACACAUCCCAUGGACGGCAAACCUCAAUUGAAACGAUUGCUGCACUGCUCAACAAUACUUACUACAUGGUCCAUAGCAUCAUUAAGCGACUGCAAUCGCUCUUGGAGCUGGACAAGCUCUCCGACGCGGCUUUCCGUGCUCGACUCGAGAGUGAUGGACACCAGUUCCCUGAUGUACAGGCAGUCUUCAGUCGCAUGAUUGAUUCCACAAGCCGCAGCCUCUUCAUUUUGGCAUCCAGCGGUCUGAAUCAGCUGGCCGUGUCGGUCGUAACUGAAGAUGCACUGCCGUAUCUCAAGAAGGUUAUGGUGGGAGAAGGACAGGCAGAAGUGGUGCUACGGACCAUGGUGUCUGAGCUUUCACUACUUUUCUCUAACAUGCAGCGGGUCCUGCACGAAACCUAUAUGCCAAAACUUGUGAGCAAUGUGUGGCGAUCGCUGGUCCUGGCUACCAAGAAACUGGUCAACAAUUGCGACAGUGAGAGUAUUGUACCGUCGACAUGCUUGAUGGCCUUCGGCAGAGAAAACCAUAUCUAUGACUUCUUCGAUGACUGGCUGAAGGACAAGACAAGCCUGGACAGUCCACAGUACAAGGAGCUCAUCUCUGAACUUGAGGAGCGCCAAUGCUCCAACCCUGUGGAGGCAGUUCUGUCGUACAGCCAUGAGACGAAUUCCAUCGCCAGCGGAGAGGCAUGCAGCAGUUCGGACGCGUCUAUCGGCGAGGACUGGGGCAACUUGACAGUGCAGGCUGGAUGGCUUUGUCCAAACGGCGUCGCCAACACAGAGGCAAACCUUGCUGUCAAGCUAUGCAACGUGACCGGUCUACAAGCCGUCACCAGUGCUUCAUGGAUGGACAAACUCCUGGGCCUGGCGUCUUCCAGUGCGGCAUCGGCCGCGUCAUCACGCUCUGACUGUUUCUUCAUCACGGCCACGCUAUCACCGGAGGUGCUCUUUGAGAACAACGGUAUUGACGUGCAUGCGCAGCAACGCUCUACGCUGCCGUUCAACGGCUCCAGCGCCAUCCUGGACAGGAUCAUCACCUUCACUAUGCCUGCCAAGCUGGCCAGCCUGUCCGGAGUGGGAGUCAUGAUCCGCGUCUUCCAGCACCAGAGCAUGGCGUUCCGCAAUCCCUUCGUCGGCCAGGCAUUCCUCGAGACGGUCAGCGUCAUGGAAAAGCCGGUCAAGCUGUCCGAACUCAAUCAGAUGUGCAUGAUGCAACGGCUGCGGCUACACAUGCCCGUCACUGCGCCAAUGUCGCAGCCGCACUGGCAGAAGACGUUCUCACGCCUCUCCAAAGACCAGGUGGUCAGCAAGUUUGUGUCCGGCGAGCAGGCCUGGGUAAGUCGAGCACGCCAUUCGCGGGACAAGCUACGCAGCUCUAUGCAAUCCAACUCUGUCAGCUCCACACAACCCAACUCUGUUAGCUCGAUGGAUGAGUGACCUCAAUUGGUCAGAGAGAGAGAGACAGAGAGAGAGACAGAGACAGAGAGUUCUGGUAUUGUUUUGGUGGUCAACUGGUCUAUUACUUCAGAACAGUGCACAUGGGAUGGGCCACUUUCCAUAGCCAUGCGGCCACAUCCUAAGACCUGUGCUGUCCAUCUCGCCCCCGUCUUGCUCGAACCGAGCGGGCAUGGCUAGUCCGCUCACUGGAACAUGGUGGCUCAGUUUCGGCCAAUCGUCCCCCAGCUUGAUGCGACUGGAGACUACAACUAUGGAUCAUCCCGAUGCUACAUAGGCUCAUGACUUCAUUGCUCCUAUCCAAUUGAUUGCUAGUCUGAAACUCGGAGUAAAGAGAAAGUUUUUUGGUCUCUGUUGUUCUGCCUUAUGUAGUCUUCCUUCUAUGUUUAUUAGCCCCAUAUGUAGUAUUUAUUAUAGCACCUCAGAACAGUGGAGCUUCAAAGUUCUGAAAAAACCUCAGAACACAACGAGAACACGUCAAUCCAUCAUUAUCGAAAUAUAAUUGGCAUAAUUGUCCGCUUGAUCCACGAUGUGAACAUUAAUUUAAAAACUA